AUGAUUGAUGAAUUUACUUUUCGUGAAAACCAAGUCCCUUUAAAUUCUCUAGAUGAUGAUAAUUCUGCAUCAGUCCCGACAACAGCUGCUCAUUCAAGGCAGGUUUCGCAAGAUUUGUCGAAAAAAGGGCUUAAACGUCUUAUGAACGUUGGCAAGACCGUCGCUUAUGAGAUUAGAACUAAUAAUUUUAAACCGCCCCCAACUAAAACUUAUAGAAAUUUCGUGUCGAACGACUACGAAAACCUUGUCCUUGAGCAAACUGGGAUCAAGUUGAGACAAGGAGAAAUUAAGAUGGCUUACCCAAAAGAUGUAUUAUCAAGUAAUCAGAUUAGGGAGCUAAAGAUAAAUAAUCCAGCAGAGUAUGAAAGGUUAAAAAGAAAUCAAUUCAAGACCGUCGCUAAGUCAAGAAAACGAAGGUCUUGUGAGAUUUUUUAA